UAGAGGGAGUCGCCCUGCCCCAUACUCCGCUAUCGCGCAUGCGCACACUCCACUGACCCGGACUUCCGUGCGUUCUCCCCUGCUCAGUUGUGCUUCCGGCGCGAAGGUCAGGAACAAGAUGGUGCCACCAGUGCAGGUCUCUCCGCUCAUCAAGCUCGGCCGCUACUCUGCCCUGGUUGUUGGCAUCGCCUACGGAGCCAAGCGUUACAGUUACCUGAAGCCUCGGGCAGAGGAAGAAAGGCGGGUAGCCGAAGAGGAGAAGAAGAGGCAGGAUGAGUUGAAACGAAUCGAGAGGGAACUGGCAGAAGGUAUUGAGUACGCCUCUCAGAGCACCCUGCUCACCGGCGUUCAAGAUCAAAGAGCUACUGCUGACCCAGGAUGACAGUAUACUGAAGUGAGAAGAGCCAGCAGUCUGCAUUGCCCCAGCUCCAGUGGAUGAAUAAAGCUUCUGAAUUA